AUGCUUGGAAUCGACUACAUCAGUAGUGAUGAGGAGGACAUAGCGCCUUCCGUAAACGCUGAGUUGUCAAAACCAUCUCUAUCAGCAGCUGCGUCAAUCUCGAAGGCUACUCCAGCACCAGCAGCGGUACCUGUUGAGGCGGAUCCGACACCACAAUCCCUGCCAGAAGGACCUUCUCAAGGCCUUUUCUUCUCAGCAUCUGCGAUCCCCGAAGCUGUGGAAGAGGAAUCAGCGAACAAUGCUCCUCCAGGAUCUCCAUACAGUUCAAAUCGUCUGAUGAUACAAAAUCUGACCUUGCCCCCUGUUCCGAAUCUCAACAUACCACCCUCACCACCCGGCUCGCCACCACGGAGAUCAACUCAGAAAUUCGCUCAGUUCUUAGAGCUCAAGAGAAAGGGACAGCACUUCAAUCAAAGACUGGAGAGCUCCUCUGUCGUGCGAGAUCCCAAUCAUUCGAGCAAGUUGAUGGAUUUUGCUACUAUCACAGAUGAAGAUCAGUACACUUCAACUUUGCCAGAGGGGCUCGGCGUUUCUGUGGUCUGGCCGGAGUGGGCUUACAGCGAUGCGCUAAAUGCAUCCCAAAAGAAUAUCACCAAGGCUAAGGAGAGCGAACGAUCGAAGACACCGCGCGGUCCGGUCGAUUUUGUGCCGGCAAGACGUGGAAAUUCUAGCGGAACGUGCACGCCUGCAGGAAAAGGAUCGCGACAGAAUGCGGCUGGAAGAAUCGUAGUUGGUUCGGAAAGUCGACCGAAGGAAAAGCGAUGA